AUGCUGGCCGACCUGGCCAAGUGCUAUGAGAAGGUGGCCCACCAGCGCAUGUGGUGGUUGGCGGCGUGGUGGAACGGCCCAUUGCACGUCGUCGCCCUAGACAUGGAGAGUUUCGCCUUCGGCAAGGUCACCAGAAUCGGCGAGGCGUGCCCCGCGGCGGUCUGCGCCGCUAAGGGUGUCAAUGGCAAGUGCUCUUUCCUGCAGACCUCCUCGCCCUCGGCGGCCCUCGUAAACCCCGUGGACAUGCGGGGCGUGCCACUCAGCACCUCAGACCGGUGGCUGGGCAUCGACUGCGGCCCGCAAGCCGCGGCUACCAACGCGUCGGCCCCAGUUCGGCGUGGGCGGUUCGCAUUGCCCAGGAGAGGUGGCCUAUGGUGA